GGAUGCGUGUUUUGUGAGACUGGCAAAAGCUACCUGUCAUGCACGCUUCUUAUCUUCGGUCACUCCUCCCUCUCUUUCAAAUUUCUACAGCAGAUGGAGAUUCAUGAACCAAAAGGUGAAAACAGUUGAGAUAGCGAAAGGCAGACAGAUAUGCAUUAACAGAGAGAACAUGAAGUGUUGUAAGCAGUCCGAGUUCUCUUCUUCGAUUUCAAUUUUAAAAUUCCCCAUGCCCUAUAUAAGAUAGAGAUAUAUAUAGAGAGAGAAAGAUAGAGAGAGAGAUAUGUCGUUAGAUUCGCUACUGUAUGAUCUGUAUCUCACAGCUAUUCCUUGAUCUGGCUUCUCCUGAAUCAUUAGAGUGACAGAAUUACAAAGAUAAGUAGAAUGAGAGACUUUCCUACACAAAACAGCUAUACUCUCCAACAAGAAACAAGUAUAUAGCAAUAGAGAAAGAGCUACAACAAAACAUUUAUAAGUAUAUACAGAGAAAACACACACACAAACACACAGAGAGAGAGAGAGAGAGAGAGAGAGAGAGAGAGAGAGAGAGAGAGAGAGAGAUAUUUCAGUUCUCUUUCAUGGAAACCACAACCACCACCAACAAUGAAUCAUCUGCACCACACGCAAAACACCCCCAGGUUUGGGUCAGUGGCCCAAUCAUCGUAGGAGCUGGCCCGUCCGGCCUUGCCGUUGCAGCCUCCCUUCGACUGCACUCGAUCCCAUCCAUCAUCCUCGAGAAGGCCGACACCAUCGCUCCUCUCUGGCGGCACCGUACAUAUGACCGCCUCUGUCUCCACCUCCCCAAGCCCUUGUGCGAGCUCCCCCACCUCCCCUUUCCUUCACAUUUCCCAAAUUACCCCUCUAAACAACACUUCCUCUCCUACCUGUUAUGUUACGCACAGCUCUUUUCCCUCCGCCCUCACUUCUGCCACACCGUCACUGACGCUCGCUACGACCCCUCCCACUCCGUCUGGCGUGUCACCACCACUGACUCGGCCCAGUUCGGUGACCCGAUCGAGUUCAUUUCACGUUGGCUUGUUGUAGCCACUGGAGAGAAUGCCGAGCCCAUCGUGCCGGAAUUGGCAGGAAUUGAAGCAUUUGUUGAAGGGAAGAAGGCGGUGCAUUCGUCGGAUUACAAGACCGGUGGUGAUUAUAGAGGGAAGAAGGUGUUGGUGAUUGGGUGCGGAAAUUCAGGCAUGGAAGUUUGUUUGGAUCUCUGCGAGCAUGGCGCCAUGCCCUUCAUGUCCGUCAGGAGCGGCGUGCAUAUUCUGCCAAGAGAGAUGUUUGGAAUGUCUACUUAUGUGUUGGCAAUGAAGCUAUUGAAAUGGCUCCCAGUGAGGAUUGUCGAUAGGUUUCUAUUGAUGGUGGCUAAAAGAAUGAUUGGAGACACUGAGAAAUAUGGACUGAAAAGGCCUAAAGUGGGGCCCAUUGAGCUCAAGAACACAACGGGGAGAACGCCGGUUUUGGACGUCGGGACCCUCGCUAAUAUUAAGAAUGGGAGAAUCAAUAUCGUUCCUGAAGUGGAAUCUCUAACGAGCAAAGGAGCCAAGUUUGUUGAUGGAAGAGAGAUGGAUUUCGAUUCUUUGGUUUUUGCAACUGGUUACAGGAGCAAUGUUCCUUCCUGGCUUAAGGACUCUGAUUUUUUCACUGAGGAUGGCAAACCCAAGGCUCCAUUUCCUAGUGGGUGGAAAGGAGAAAAUGGGCUAUAUGUUGUAGGAUUCACAGGAAAAGGCCUCCUUGGCACGGGUUCUGAUGCCGUUAACAUCGCCCAAGACAUAGCCAGAAAAUGGAAAAACACAUCAGAGGACAAGAAUUUCAUCAUUUACACCCAUCCAUCCUAGCGAUCCAAAAUAUUAGAGAAUUGGAAAAGAAAAAAAGAAAAAGAAAACAUCAGAAAGAAAACGGAAGGUUAUAUGUAUUUUGUAUGUAAGGAGGGGUAUUGAGGCAUACACGAGAGAAGAAGCUUGUGUGAAUUCUCACCUGUACAUGAAACCCUAUUUUUGCAUGGGAUCUUCUUUUGUCCUAUAUACACGGGGGCAUAUAAGAGAUACAAAAGGGAGAAGUGUUGUUAUCUUGCA